AUGCAGGAUUUACGUAUAUAUGUUGCAAUAUUUGAUCUAAAAUGGAGGGUUUGGCUGAGGGUUUUGUUCUCUAUUAAGAUUCGUCCUCGUAAACCCCAACAAGUUUGUCUAUUAGGGGCAACAGGAUCAGGAAAAACAUCUUGCUUCCUUGCAUUAAGAAAUGGCAAAGCAUCGGCUACUGUACCCUCUAUGGUGGAAAAUCGUUGCGAGCUAAGUUUAUUAAAGUUAGCUAAUAGUGUAGGGAAGGAGAAAAAGGAAGCAAUAAUAGCAGCAGCAUAUUCACGAGGAGUAGAAGCAGCAGCAGCAACAGCAGCAGCAGCAAAUGCAUGCAUUACUCGUCUUGCUGCUAAUGAUGCAUUAGAUGCAUCUAUUUUUCUUGUAGAUACACCUGGGCACCCUCGUCUAAGACCAGCAGCAGCAGCAGCAGCAGCAGAAUCUUCUAUCCUUAUUUUCUUUGUUGAUGCUGCUGAUAAACCCUCAUUCAAGGCUGCAGCAGAGCUUCUAUUUGAUUUAUUUUGUAACCCUAAGAUAAUAGAGAAGAAACCCUCGUUAUUAUUGGUUGUUAAUAAGACAGAUAAACCCGAGGCAAGAGGACAACAGGCGGUUAUUGAAGAUCUAGAGAGAGAAAUCGAGAGGGUUCGCGUAUGCCGUCAAGCAUCUUUAGAUGCAGAGGAAAGAGAAAACGCUCUUGUUGGUAUAGAAGGGCAUAGAUUUAUCUUAGAUGAUUGUCCUCUUCCCUUGUGUAUUUGUUCUGCUGCUGUUACUAUUGGUGAUUUAAGUGCUAUCCCUUACUUUAUAAUUAGACAUACAACAACAUAG